CCACUCUUUCCCCUACCCUCUUUAACCAGGUUACUUAAUUCUAUAUCUGCCUUGAUAUCAUUUGCACCAUAAUUCCAUCUCUCAUUUGCUGCAAGCCCAUUAUGCGUCGUGCUGCGAUGAUGGCGGGUUUGACCGCCACUGCUGCCCAUGCAGCUUCUCUGGCUGAUGUCUGUACCACUGCCAACGUCAAGGCUGCCCUGCCUACCUCUGUGUACGGACUCACCAUGAUUCCUUCCUCUGUAACCGCCUCCCCCGUCUACAACGCCUCUACCAGCGGCCAGGUUUUCUUCCCCGAUGCCACCUACGAUUACUGCGGCGUCACGUUCAACUACACCCAUAAUGGUCGCGGUGACACCGUGAAAUUGCAGUACUGGCUUCCCGCCCCCGAGAGCUUCGAGAACCGCUUCCUGGCCACAGGUGGCAUGGCGUACAUGAUCAGCGGCGGCUCCAGCUAUCUGCCCGGUGGUGUCAUGUAUGGUGCUGUUGCCGGUACCACCGACGGCGGUUUCGGCGGCGAAUUGGACACUGCCUUCCUCCUGGCCAAUGGGACGAUCAACUACGAGGCCCUCUACUCCAUGGGAUACCACGGUAUCGGCGAGCUGACCAUCGUCGGCAAGGAGUUCACUAAAAAUUUCUAUAGCAUGGGAGACGAGAAGCUUUACACCUACUACCAGGGUUGCUCCGAGGGUGGUCGUGAAGGCUGGAGUCAGGUUCAGAAGUACCCUGGCGUCUAUGACGGUGUCAUCCCUGGUGCCCCUGCCAUUCGCUACGGCCAGCAGCAGGCCAACCAUCUUUACUCCAACGUUGUUGAGAAGACCCUCGGAUACUACCCCCCUCCAUGUGAACUGGAGAAGAUCGUCAAUGCCACCAUCGACGCUUGUGAUUCUCUCGAUGGCAAGGUCGAUGGUGUUGUUGCCCGUACCGAUCUCUGCCAGCUCCACUUUAACAUCAACUCCACCAUUGGCCUUCCCUACCAUUGCGCUGCCAGCUCCAGCAGCGGAAUUGGUCUUGGUUUCGGCAAGCGUGGCACUGACCCCGCCAUCAACGGCACCGUCUCUGCCAAGGGUGCUGCCGUGGCUGCUGAAAUCCUCAAGGGUCUGCAUGACUCCAAGGGCCGCCGUGCCUACAUCUCCUACCAGCCUACUGCCUCCUUCAGUGACGCCGAGACCUCUUACAACUCCGAGACUGGCGAGUAUGAACUGAGCAUUGCCUCUACCGGUGGUGAGUGGAUUGCAAAGUUCUUAGAGCUCCGCGAUGCCGACAACCUGUCUACCCUCGACAAUGUCACCUACGACACCCUCCGUGACUGGAUGGAGUUGGGCUGGAAGCGCUACGAGGACGUCAUGCAGACUACCUGGCCCGAUCUGACUGAGUUUGAGAAGGCGGGUGGUAAGAUCAUCACUUUCCACGGUGAAUCUGAUCAGUCUAUUCCUACUGGCUCUUCGGUCCACUUUUACAACUCCGUCCGCAAUAUCAUGUACCCGGACAUGUCUUACAACGCCAGUGUCGCUGCUAUGGGUGACUGGUACCGCCUGUUCCUGGUCCCGGGUGCCUCUCACUGCUCAACCAACGAUGUCCAGGCCAAUGGCCCCUUCCCUCAGACCAACCUGGCUGUCAUGAUCAACUGGGUUGAGAAGGGUAUCGUUCCUCACACCCUCAACGCCACCCACCUGGCGGGUGAGUGGGAGGGCCAGAACGCCCAGCUUUGCUCCUGGCCCCUUCGUCCUCUCUGGACCGAGAACGGCACCAAGUUCAACUGUGUCUACGACCAGGCCUCUCUUGACACCUGGGAUUACACCUUCGACGCCUACAAGGUACCCCUUUACUAAACAGCCAAACAGGGCUGCGCAUCGCAAUAUUGAAGCAUAAUAUCUAUUCAUGUAUAUUACAUUAGUGCCAUUUUAUUAUGCGUGUACUUAGGAUCUACGUAGCUUCCCUGGGCCAUUUGCGAUGCAUCACU